AUCAACAACAACAACAAGCCCUGCUCCAACAUCUACAUCAGCUACAGCACCAUCUACAGCUCAAUCAGCUACAAUGACGUCAAGAACAACAACCCCUGGACCAACACCUAUAUCUCAAUCAAGACCACCUGCUCCAACAUCUACAUCUGAAUCAACAUUAAUCCCUGCACCAACAUCAGUUAUACGAACACCUACAGCUCAGACAACUCCUGCACAAACAUCUACAUCAACUACAGAAACAUCUUCAGCUCCAUCAACAAACACAACCCCUGCACCAAUAUCUACAUCAGCUACAACAUCACCUACAGCUCAAUCAACAACAACAUCAUCAACAACCGCUGCACCAACAUCUACAGCUCAAUCAACAUCAACCCCUGCACCAACAUCUACACCUCAGUCAACAACGUCUGCUUCAACAUCUACAUCUGAAUCAACAACAAACCCUGCACCAACAUCUACAGCUCAAACAACAAUAAAUGUACCAACAUCUACAUCAACAUCUACAGCUCAAACACCUACACCAGCAUCUUCAUCAACUGCAUCAACAUCUGUGACUCAAAGUACUACAUCAACGGCAUCAAUUGUGCUAUUAUCUACGAAUAUGCAAACAACAUCUGAUAGUCAAUCAACUGAAACAACACCUACAACGAAGUCAACAACAACUGCAACAUUGAAAUCAGCGGCACCAACAUCUACUACUCAAUCAACAACAGCUGCGCCAACUUUGAGAUCAACUGUGCCAACAUCUACCAUUCAAUCAUCAACAACAACUUCACCAGCAUCUUCAUCCACUGUCACUCAAAGAACUUCAUCAACUGCACCAACUGUACUAUUGUCUACAUAUACGCAACCAACAUCUACCAGUCAGUCAACUGCAACAACACCUACUACUCAAACGGCAACAUCGACAUCAGCUGCACCAUCUACUACAAAAACAACAACUGCACCCACUUCGAGAUCAACUGCAUCAACAUUGAUAUCAACUGCAUUAACAUCUACUCGAACACCAACACCUACUUCUCAAAUGACAACUCAAGUUAUAUCUACAACUCAACCAGCAAGCCAGUCAACAUCAUCUCCAGAUGUUGUCCCACAAAAUAUGACAGCAUUUGCAUAUGCAGCUUUUAAAUUGAGAUCCUCUGUUGAGCUGAGCAAUGAUGAACUCAUUACUUAUAUUGAAAAGUUUGUCAAGCACUUUCAAGCAAACAUUAAUGGGACCAUAAAGAUUACUGUGAAGAAAUCAAGAAAAUUGUUGGCCUAAGGAUAUGAUGGAAAACUUCCUUACAAUAAUAGCAUGUUGAAGCACUGGCAAAUUAUAAUCAAAUGCAUUUGUGUAAAAAAAAAAAAAAAAACUUUACACAAGGCCACAUCAUUCACAUUAUUAAUUUGAUAUUUAUCAUUCAAUGAUAAAAUCUGAUGCUGUUUUUAGGUGAUGUGUUAUAUUUAAAUAGAUUGUAAAUAUAUUUAUGUUUUUGACUUCAAGAUCUCUGACAAUUAUUUUCUCAAUUAUU